AUGACGGUAGAUCAGAACUCAAAACCUUUAUUUGGCGGUGCUAUUACUGCCAACAUUGCAAAAGAUUGGCUUGACGCCAGUGACUUGAGGCAGGUACCCGAUAACCAGGAGGUUCUCUUGAGUCCAAAUAAUGAUCUCACAAUGAUUACAGAGGUACUAGAAAGCGUCAAAGAAGGUUCAGCCGCAGAUGAUCUGGAAGCUGCAAUUCGCUUCCACUUUGACUCUUUGGCACACGACAAUGAUGCAACAUCUUCAGAAGUACAAGAAAUUUAUGCAAUUCCAGGGACUAGCCCAGGACAGCCAGUACUGUCCGGCACACUCAACAGCUCAACACCAACACCUGCUCCACUCCUACUUGUUGGUCAUCAAACAGUGAAAAAGUUCGGUCAAGGAACAGGCGCAGGUGAUCGAGUACGAAUCUAUUUGGCAUUAUGGCGCUUUACACCAGCAAAAGAUGUUGAUCUGAUCAUGAGUUUGAAUGAACCUUUGGCUUCUGAUGCUUUGGCGAAUGCUGAACAAGAUGCAAGAAUUGAAGGAAGUUUGAGUGCAAGUGCUCAAGAGGCUUUCAUGCGUGCGGCUAGUUCAUUAAAGGUGCAAGACUGGGGUCUGUUUGCUCAUUAA